AUGUCUCCGGCAUUCGGCGAACGUACGCCUCUACUAUGGCAGCCAGGCCCGAACCAGAACUACAACUCAACUCCGGCGCGCGACGAUGACCCCUCCACCACUACCACCGUCGACCCGCACGCCCAGUUCUGCAUGAUGGUAGGUGUGCCAUCGUUCGAACCGACGCCCGACGGGGCCAAAGUGGCACGGUCGCGCAUCCCCGCGAAAUCACUGUACGGGCGGGCGACGCGGCAACUGGCCAACCAGCGCUGGACAUACUACGGCACGGCGUCGCUGUCCAACACGCUGCUCCUCAGCCAGGUGGUGCUGGGCGCGGCGCUGACGGCCCUCGGGGCCAGCGCGUCCAGCCACAUCCUGAUCACCGUGUUCGGCGCGCUCAACACCAUCAUCGCGGGCCUGGUCGCGUACCUGAAGAGCCGCGGCCAGCCCAUGCGCGCCCGCAUGUACCGCGACGAUCUGGAGCGCGUGGUCGACGAGAUCGAGAACAGCGAGGUCAUGUGGUUGGGCAUCAGUCGCGGCGUGCACGGCUACGAGGACAUUGAUACCGGUGGUGGGGGCCCCAACGGCAACGGGAAGGACGCCGCUGGGGCCGUGACUGUCAGGAGCGAGGUCGCCAGGUUGACCAGGCUGUAUGAUCGCGCGGUGCGCAACAACACGGUCAAUAAUCCCGACAUGUACAUGACUGGGGCGAUCGAUGGGGGACAUUACAGCAUUAGUGGUGGCACCGGUGGCGCGACGCUCAGGAGUCGUGUCGGGCCCGGUGCCGUGGCCGUGGGUCCCGUGGGUGGUCCUGUCCCCGUGGGCUUGGUUGCGCCUGUCGUGAGCCAGCCGGUCGCGCCGGCUCCGGUGGCUCCCGCGCCGGUGUUGCAGGAGGUGCAUGAUCCGGACGAGAGUCCGGCGACAGCCCCACCUAAGCCGAAGGAGGAGAAGAAGAAGAAGGAUGGGGAGGAGGUUGCGAAACCGGAGGCGAGUAAGGAAGAUGAAACGGACGGGAAGGGAAAAAGGAAGGACGAGGAAGGAGAAACGCUGUCGAAGGCCCCAACCGUUGCGGACAAGCCACUGGGCGAUGGAGCGGCGGCUGAACCGAACACGCCGGCACCAGCACCAGCACCAGCACGUCAAGAACCAGACCAUGACCCUGAUGCCGAGCCUGCGAGCGACGUGAACGUGCCGUUGAAGAAGGUCGCUGGUGAUGCUGCGGAAGGGGAGGCUGAAUAG